UAUUGUGAAGGUGCAGACCGGAAGCUGCGCGGUGGUAUCGGGGUUUUGGUCUGACUGGAGUUUGGCGCAUCUCCGCUCCGAGUCCCGGUGUGUCCGCUGCUUCUCCCCCAGGGACAGCGCCUCUCCUCCGGCCGCAGCUCCCCCCGGACCCUCCCGCCGCUCGGACCCGGACCCGGCGCCGCGUCAUGGGGUAAAAGCUCCGGAGCGUCCCCCGGGCCUCGUCUGGAUCUGAGACCGAAAACAGCGCAGCAACAUGGGCUUCCUGCACCAACUGCACCUGCUCCUCUGGAAGAACAUGACGCUGAAGCGCAGAGGACCGUGGGUUCUGGCCUUCGAGAUCUUCAUCCCUCUCGUCUUGUUCUUCAUCCUCCUCGGACUCCGGCAGAAGAAACCUGCUCUGCCCGUCAAAGAAGCGUUCUACAGCGCCGCCCCUCUGACCAGCGCCGGGAUCAUCCCCGUCAUGCAGUCGCUCUGCCCCGACGGACAGAGGGACGAGUUCGGCUUUUUACAAUACAACAACUCCACGGUGACUCAGUUGUUGUUGAGGAUUCAGGAGGUGGUGGAGCAGAACCGGAUCUUCUCGUCAGAUGGAUCUGCUCUGGGUUCUGAGCUGGAGAACCUUCAGAAACGACUGCAGAACCUGAGCUCCGCCCCUUUACCUGAAGACCACGCCCCCCUCAACCACAGCUCAGACUUCUCUCUGUCUGAGGUUCUCAGAGAUCCGCCUUCGUUCCGGAAGUUUCUCGUGUCAAACUUGUCUCUGAGCCAAUCAGAGGCCUCGUUUCUCCUGGACACGCCCCUCAGCUCUUCUCAGGUUCACCGUCUCGUUUUCGGCUCGUCGCAGAGAGACGACGUCAGCAGGAGCCGCAGAGGAACCACAACCUCGACCACCGGAGCAAAGAUCCACCACCUACAGGAGGCGCUGCUGGGCGGGGUGCGGGCUCUGGACGCGGGGCUCUUGGACCGGGCUCUUCUGGAUCCCGGCGCCGCCCAGAGACCAGCCCUGACCCGGAUCAUGUCCAGAGUCCUGGGCCUGACCGAACCCAAGGACCAAGACCAGCAAGAACUGAAAGAGGCUCAGGUCGUGCUCCUGAGCGGCUCCACGCUUCAGUCUCUCACCUGCGCAGACGACGGCGCCGCUCUGGCUCGGCUCCUAUUGGCUCCUGAGGCGGAGGGGGCGGGGCUUCGGGCGUACCGGGGGUCACUGUGCGGCGGGGUCAAAGGUCAAAGGUCACAGAGGUUUGAACAGCUGAGCGCAGAACUGCAGGAACAGAUCGACGACGACAAACUCAACCACAAGUUGCCUCUGGGCCCCCCUCCGGGCUCCGCGCUGCCCCCCUCAGGGCUCAGAGUUUUACUGCGGGACCUGGUGGAGGUAGAGCGCCUCCUGCAGGACGUGGACCUGCUGUCGGGUCUCGCACGACUGCUGCCCAAAGGAGCCUGCGCCAAACGGUCAAACCGGACUUCCCCCUCCCCGACCGCCUCCUCGGGGCCGUCGAACUCCACCACAGGGGCCAACAGCACCGAGGGGGGGGAGGAGGGCGCGGGGGGGCGGCGGGGAGUAGCCGACAACCCUCACUCCCAGUUCUCCGCCUUCGUCCAACUGUGGGCCGGACUGCAGCCCAUCCUCUGCGGCAACAACAGGAGGAUCGAGCCCGAGGCGUUGAGGCAGGGGAACAUGAGUUCUCUGGGCUUCACCUCCAAAGAACAGAGGAACCUGGGUCUGCUGGUCCACCUCAUGACCACCAACCCCAAGAUCCUCUACUCCCCCAUGGGCUCCCAGGCCGACAAGGUCAUCCAGAAGGCGAAUGAGACGUUUGCGUUCGUGGGGAAUCUGACUCACUUCACUCGUUUGUGGUUAAACGUCUCGUCUCGGCUCCGGAACCUUCUUCAGGAGGACAGUCUCCAGCGCCACCUGCUGUGGUUCCAGCAGUUGUCCUCAGAGCUGCAGAGACGUCCUGGUCUCUUGGACUCAGACCUGGACCUGGAGGCUCUGACCAAAGGGAACCACUCAGUGCCGGACCGAGCGACUCUGCUGCAGCAGCUGGACGCCAUCGACAACGCCGCGUGUCAGUGGAACCGCUUCAUGGACAAGGUGAGCGUGGACGUGUUUAAAGGUUUCCCAGACGAGGACAGCAUCGUCAACUACACUUUAAACCAGGCCUACCACGACAACGUCUCCGUGUUCGCCAGUGUAAUAUUCCAGGUGGACAGCCGGGGGGCGCUGCCUCCUCAUGUUCGGUAUAAGAUUCGUCAGAAUUCAAGUUUCACGGAAAAGACCAACGAGAUCCGGAGAGCGUACUGGAGACCCGGACCCAACACCGGAGGGAAGUUCUACUUCCUCUACGGCUUCGUCUGGAUCCAAGACAUGAUCGAGAGGGCCAUCAUCAACACGUUUGUGGGACACGACGUGGUGGAACCAGGGAACUACGUCCAGAUGUUUCCCUACCCCUGCUACACCAGAGACGAUUUCCUGUUUGUGAUCGAGCACAUGAUGCCCUUGUGCAUGGUGAUCUCCUGGGUUUAUUCUGUGGCCAUGAUGAUCCAGCACAUCGUCGCCGAGAAGGAACACAGGCUCAAAGAGGUGAUGAAGACGAUGGGGCUGAACAACGCCGUGCACUGGGUGGCCUGGUUCAUCACGGGCUUCGUGCAGCUGUCCGUCUCCGUCACGGCGCUCACCGCCAUCCUCAAGUACGGACGAGUCCUGCUCCACAGCGACCCCCUCAUCAUCUGGCUCUUCCUCUCCGUCUACGCCACCGCCACCAUCAUGUUCUGUUUCCUGGUGUCGGUUCUUUAUUCUAAGGCCAAACUGGCUUCUGCUUGUGGAGGAAUCAUCUACUUCCUGAGCUACGUUCCUUAUAUGUACAUCGCCAUCAGGGAGGAAGUGGCCCACGACAAGAUCACCGCCUUCGAGAAGUGCAUCGCCUCCCUCAUGUCCACCACGGCCUUCGGUCUGGGCUCGAAGUACUUCGCCCUGUAUGAGGUGGCGGGCGUGGGCAUCCAGUGGAGAACCAUCUGCCAGUCUCCGGUCGAGGGCGACGACUUCCACCUGGGCCUGUCCAUGAUGAUGCUGGUGCUGGACGCGGCGCUCUACGGCGUCCUCUGCUGGUACAUCGAGGCCGUGCACCCAGGCAUGUACGGGCUCCCUCGGCCCUGGUUCUUCCCCCUGCAGAGGUCGUACUGGACGGGCAGCGGGCGCGUCGACUCGUGGGAGUGUUGUGGAGGAGGAACCACCCACCUCAGCAUCAUGGAGGAAGACCAAGCCUGCGCCAUGGACCAGCGCCGAUCAGAGGAGCUGCGGGGUUUGGAGGAAGAACCUGCUCAUCUUCCUCUCGUCGUUUGCAUCGAUAAACUCACCAAAGUUUAUAAACCCGACGGGAAAAUGGCCCUGAACCAACUGAGCCUGAACCUGCACGAGGACCAGGUGGUGUCCUUCCUCGGGCACAACGGGGCGGGCAAGACCACCACCAUGUCGAUCCUCACGGGUUUGUUCCCGCCCACCUCCGGCUCAGCGACCAUUUAUGGGCACGACAUCCGCACGGAGAUGGACCGGAUCCGGCAGAACCUCGGGAUCUGUCCCCAGCACAACGUCCUGUUUGACCGACUCAGCGUCCACGAACAUCUG